GCCACACUGCACACAUACAACAUUUGCAUUGUUUUUAUUUUCCAUCCAAAAAGUAAACAAAUUUAUUUCAUAAUUUAUGACAAAACCAAAAAACAAAGUUUCAAUUUAACAACAAAAAGUGUUAAAAAAUAACGGUUAUUAACAAACGAAUUCAAAAUCACCUUUACAAAAUGAUGGAUAAAUUUCUACCGCAAGUAGCAGCAGUAAGUGCACAACAGCAGCAGCAGCAACAACAACAAGUAGCACAAACUCAGUCCUCAAAAUCGUUUAGUGUUUCGGAAGAACAUCGUCACUAUUUGAAAGUAUUCAUACAAACCUAUCACAAUUUGCCAAUUCUAUGGGAUACAUCUCUGCGAGACUAUACCAAUCGUGACAAACGGGCCGAUGCCUAUCAAACUUUGGUUCCCAUUUAUAGGUAUUUGAAGAGGGAUGCCACUUUGGAGGAUGUUAAAAAGAAAAUAAACACGUUGCGCACUAACUAUCGCAAGGAGUUGAAAGUAGUGGAGGCAGCCCGCAAGCAGGGCAAUCAUUAUCAACCUAGAUGCUGGACAUUUUAUGAAUUGGAUUUUCUGCGUAAUGCUGAGAAGUUUCUGGCCAUCGAUACUUCGAUUAUAAAACAUGAAACAUCCUCAUCUUCAACAACACCUUCGGCCUAUAAUACCUUUAGUGAGUCUGCUCAUGCGGGACAUUUUCUGGAUAAUGCUCCCUAUGGUUAUCUAAUGGGCAAAGGUAAUACCUCACCCAUGAGUAUAACGGAAAUGUUUCACAAAUCAUUUGGUCAACAAAACAACAACAAUAACAACCAACAGCAAAGAGUAGAAGCAAAUAGCAAUCAUACCACUCCACCCUUAGGUUUACCGGGUGGUAUACAAUCACAUCUCAAUGUACCCACUAAUACAACGCCAUAUCAAACACCAACAGCGGCAGUAUCCGCUAAUGCAAACAAACGCUUAAAAACGACUACAUCCUCUUCACCACCCGAUGAAAUGCUCAACAUGGCCUGUGAUUAUUUAUCCUCCACUUAUCCCGAAGAGGAAUCUAUAGCACGCACCUGGACCCAUAAAUUGAAAAGAUUACCCAGAGAACAACGCCUUUUAGCGGAGAAGUUUAUAAACGAUAUUCUCUUCGAAGCUGAAUCAGGCAGUUUACAUCGUGGCUCCAUGCAGUUAAAUGCUUUGGAACCAUAUGUCCGCUUUGAGGAAUCACAAAAUGACGAUAGUAGCCAGGAGAAGCCACAAAGUCCGAAUGUUUUGACUAAUAAUACAACAAGUACAAAUGCAACACAGUCUUUGGAACAAACCCCCAAUGAGACAAACACCACACAUCAUUCUCCUUUAGCCGUAGGAAAUAUGCUAAUAAAUGAUGGUUCCACUGCCAGUGCCUCAAAUGAUACGGAUAAUAAUAGUAGAAAUACUAGCGCUUUUAGCAGUUACAAUUAAUUAAAGAAGGAAUUAUUUUAUAAGAAAUGAGAAUAUGGUCUUGAAUCUUUGAAAGAUUUGUUUAAUGGGCAUGGCUUGAUGUUUGAAAUUUUUUUUUUUUGGAGAUAUUACUUGUGAGAUACUGUUGCAAUAUUUUAUUUUUAAUUCAAUUUUUUAAUAUAAAGUUUAUUUUUAAAGUUUAAUGUAUGUAAACAUAAAUAUUACAUACAUACGUAAAGAAUGUAAUAGAUUUGCAAAUAUAGUGUAAAGUGCAUGUAUUUUAGGCUGGACCAGAUAUUUGGUACGGUGAUAAUAAAAAGAAG